UUUCUGAGUUUCAGGCCGAGUACAACCAGCAGUUGAUCAAGCUGAGCGGCGUGGAGGCCGUUGCCAAACAGAUCGAUGAAAUGAACAAGCUAGAGGGAGUUCCAGCCAAAAAGGCGAGACUUCGACAGGAGCUGGACCUUGAGAAAUUGGCCGAGGAGAAGAAGCAACUCGACGCGAGGCUCGAUCUGAUUCUGAAGGCCUAUCCGGUGCGCAAUUGGCUGGUCGAACAGGAUUCGAUGGCCUCGAUGGAGUACCGGUCGGAGCUUUUGCGGGAAAGGUGCCUCUUGAGAUGGCUCAGCGAGGUUGGCAUCAAGUGUGUUGCCAGCCGGACCGAUGAGAAUGUGAGUCUGAAAAAAAAAAUUUGUAUAGUCCAUCCCCCGCGACUUGACAGUUCUUGCGCGUCUGCGUCUCUCUGUUCCCUCACCCGUGAGGUCAGAGAAAAAUGGAAACAGCACGUGAACAUGAGAGGGUCGUCGAGAAACUAGGAGGGAGCAGAGAAGUCCCGCCCUUUCAAGUCGCGAAAAACGGGUUGAAUUUUUUCGUAGUUGAUUUUUCGUAGUUGAGAAUCAUGUUAAGGAUUUGAGUAUUUUUAUUAUCUUGGUAAAUUUUAUGAGCUUAUACUUAGUGGUCCCUUCAGGGGUUAAGGGAAAAAACAGUCCGGAAAAUUGGUCACUAUAGUGGUAAAUUUCAGGACGCCCUUUUUAAGAGUUUAGGAUAUAAGCCUUUAGCCCCAUUAGAUCUAGUGGUCCCUAGAGGGGUGUAGGGUCUAAUCCCUUAGCCACUAGAUAUCAAGUAGUCCCUGUAGGGGUUUAGGGUCUGAUCCCUCAGCCUUAAAAGGCCAAGUGGUCCCUAUAGGGGUUAAGAGUCUGAUCCCUUAGCCCUGCCGUUUGUGGUCCCUAGAGGGGUGUAGGGUCUGAUCGCUCAACCCCUAAAGAUCAAGUAGUCCCUGUAGGGAAUAAGAACCUGAUCCCUUAGCCCUGCGUUUUGUGGUCCCUAGGGGUUGUAGGGUCUAAUUCCUUAGCCCUGUAUUUAGUGGUCCCUAGAGGGGUGUAGGGGUCUGAUCGCUCAACCCCUAAAGAUCAAGUAGUCCCUGUAGGGAAUAAGAACCUGAUCCCUUAGCCCUGCGUUUUGUGGUCCCUAGGGGUUGUAGGGUCUAAUUCCUUAGCCCUGUAUUUAGUGGUCCCUAGAGGGGUGUAGGGUCUGAUCGCUCAACCCCUAAAGAUCAAGUAGUCCCUGUAGGGAAUAAGAACCUGAUCCCUUAGCCCUGCGUUUUGUGGUCCCUAGGGGUUGUAGGGUCUACUUCCUUAGCCCUGUAUUUAGUGGUCCCUAGAGGGGUGUAGGGUCUGAUCGCUCAACCCCUAAAGAUCAAGUAGUCCCUGUAGGGAAUAAGAACCUGAUCCCUUAGCCCUGCGUUUUGUGGUCCCUAGGGGUAGGGGUCUAAUUCUUAGCCCUGUAUUUAGUGGUCCCUAGAGGGGUGUAGAGUCUGAUGCUCAACCCCUAAAGAUCAAGUAGUCCCUGUAGGGAAUAAGAACUCUGAUCUCUUAGCCACAAUUUAGUGAUCUUUGUCCUUUUCUCUAACGGGGUAUUUUGCAUAUUUCGUUCGGAAUCAAAUUGAACACGGCAUAAAAAAAGGAAAACUUUAUCAAAAUAUCUUUCUUUGAUAUCUUUUCAUUCAAGAAAAGCUUAUUUAUUGAAUUUUUGGUAUGGAAAUGCUUCUUCUUUUCUAACAAUAAUUGACUGAAAUGUCCUCUAUAGGGGUCACUAACUAAAAACCCUAUAGUGAACACUUAUGCAAGAUUUAGUGGUCCCCUAUAGGGGUCAGUGAAGUAGUUUAGAGCUCCUAAGUAUGCUUCAAACUUGCCUGUGCGCAAAUAUUGAAGAAAAAAUUCUAGAAAAACGCUAAACGUUGAAUUAUUUCAAAACCGGGUUAUAAUACGUUAUAAGCUUUCAUUAAGGACAAACCCAUCAAACUUCAUAAUGUUGGAAAGAAAUUCAUUAUAGCGGAAUCAUUUAAAAAUGAAAAAAAAGAUGAAAAAAAAAACUCAGAGAAUUUGGUUUUCAAAGAAAAAGUUUGGGAAAAAAAAUAAAUGGUUGCCCCCAUGAUCAUUCGAAGAUCAUGUUUCAGGAACUGUACCAGCGACUCCACGAGUGGGUCCACAUGGUCGUACUGGUGCUGAACGAACAGAGUCGGAGUUAUCUAGACCUGCGGGCCAAGUGCUCCGAAACGUUCCAAGAAUCGUCGAAGAAGUCGAAGAUGCUCUCCAAGGAGUCGCUGAUCCAGAAACUCGCCGACAUGGGACUCCAGGAAGCCGGAAAGGAAAAAAAGCAGAAAGCCGGCGAAGAAGCCCAGGAAGAGGACCGGCAGGUCGAAAUCCUCCUCCAGAAGCUCCGGAAGAACUUCAACUCGAGGGAUUCCAGGAUCUUGGUUAGGAGUUUCAUGAGGGAUUUCGAACAAGAAAAAGUAUUGUGUCGAUGAAAAGGGGAGAAGCAUGGUGAUAGUCAAAGAUAAAGGGUUUUGGAAAAUAACUGGGCAAGUAGAGAGAUCUGUUAGUCUCAAAUAAGGGGUUGGUCUACGAAGUUUGAAAAAAAUAAAGAGGGAAGAGAAUUUGAAGGAUUGGAAAAUUUUACUUUUAAAAAUUAAAAAACUGGGGAACUAUGCUUAUGUAGAAGAUAAAAAAACUAUGAAUAAUUUUUUUAUUUCACUAAAAAUAGUUCAGAAAAAAAUCCCCAAAACAGCAAGAUUCAUUAAUUUAUCUUCAAAAAGAGAUUUUUUUUUUUUGAGAUCUUAUUUUGACUGAUAAAUUUCAAAAAGCAAUUAAUACUUUAUUUUUGAAAAAAAGGAGAACCGUUUUCAGGCCGACAUUGAAGGGCAUAGACGGUUGAUUAUGUUGAUUCAGUACAGUUUGCCGGAUUCGUGGCGUUUUUCAUUGUAGUCUGGUGGGUUGGAAUUGAUUGAAACAUCAGUAAAUAGAUACUUUACAUUGUAAAACAAUAAAAAUUACAUUAUUUAAAAAGUUUUUUUCAAAGAAGUUUUUAGCUAGUUUUUCUAAAAAAAUUUGAUUUUUUUGUGCGACUUUUUUUGAAUUUUUAAUAAACAAUUUGAAUUUGUGCCCGACUUUUUUUGAACUUUUUUUCUUCCUGGUAAGUAUUUUUAAUGAAUCAGUUUCAGGUGGAGGCCAAAAAUUUACAAACCGGGAACUUUCAUAGCGAAAUGGUUUCCUUCCAAGGCGAGUUUAGAUUGAUUUGAGGAUCAUUGAAAAAAAUAAAAUACCAAAAAUGGCAAAGUUUAGGAAUACACAUCGAAAUUUUUCAAAAGGAGGAUUUUUGUAAAUCCUUUAGAUGUUAAUAGAAACUUCUCGAAAGCUCCUUCUAACAAAAAAGUUAAUUUUUCACUUUUAAGUUGGAAAAUUCGGAAGUUUGGUCAGAAUAAUCUUUGAUGUACCAAACACGGAUCCCAUAACUAUCAGGCUGAAAAUUUUGCUAUUUUUCGAGAGAAGCCUCAUUUUUUCAAGAAAAUAAUCAAAAGCCGGAUUUAUUCACUUUUUUAAGAGUUUGAGCUUCCCUUUUUCGAAAAUUAGUAAGUUGGCUAGGUUGAGAGGAUUUUCAUUUGGUAUGUCGAGAAUUUACGGAAAAAUUCACGUUUUGAGUAAAUUACCUUCCUUGUCGAGUUGGUAUUUAAAAUAUACUCAUACUAAUUUGAAAUAACAGAUUUUUAUCUUAUAAAUAUCAUUUUCUUUCGUUUUCGAAAAAAAUCCUGAAAUCUACGAGAAGUUUGGUAUAUAAUCUCAAGGUUUUCCACAUUCGACAGUUUUUCUUUCUCUUUUUGAAUUAUUUGCUUGAUUUUUAGCCUGAAACUCGGGAAAAAAAAAAUCCUUUUUUGAAUUUUCGAUGUUGAAGGAAAUUUCGAACGGAUUUUUCAGAAAGAAGUCGUUUAUCCAUGGGCGCCGUGCCAAACGGAGGCCCAGAUGUACAAUACGCUGAUAAGGACCCUCGAAGUUUGCUUCGAAUGCGACAUGGUUCACUAUAAAUCUUGUUGAAUCUUUAGUGGCCACUUAAGAGGUUCCUCAAGGGAUAGUUGGACACUAAACACCCCUAUCUUGCGUCUUAGUGGUCACUAUAGUGGUUUUUUAUCUGGCUGGGAAAGUUUUUAGUGGCCACUAAAGAGGCUCGUCAAGCGCUACUUGGAGAGGACACUGUAGUGACCACUAAACCCACCUCGAUAGGGGCCUCUGUUUUCCGUUUUAGUGGCCACUUCAGUAGUUCCAGUACUCCUUACAGUAACUCUGAUAAUUUAAAAACAAACAGAUUGGACCAGUUAUGUUGAUCCAUUGACCCCUGAAGUGGCCACUAAAAUUUUUAGUGGUCUAGUAGCACUUAGACUUCUAUAGUGGUCCCUAAUGUUUAACCCCUUAACAAGCCACUAAUUUGACAACUAGAGUGGCCACUAAAACGUCAAAACCCUAUAGUGGCCACUAAAAUUUUCCCAGUAGUGUUAAUUUUUGGGGUUUUUGUAACGACGUUCUUCUAGCAUUAUAGCCAUUCCAGGUCUUGAGUGGAUUUCGCAAAAUUCAGAAUAGCCGUGAAAGAAAGAAAGAGAUAACUAAAUUUUGGAGAGUCAGAGAUAAUUUUCUGAACACGGCAUUAAAUUCGAAAUCUGUGCAGAUAAUUGAGUAAAUAUUCUGAUUUUUAGGUUCAAAAAAAAUUUUCUUUGAAUUGUUUUAGUUUGAUAGAUUUAACUGAGAAGCAAAAUUUGAGAAAAUAUUGAUCAUAUGGAACAUUUUGAACUCGAAAAAUAAGUAUUUCAGAAAGUGUUUAGGAGAGUGGACUCGGCAUGAGUACUGGCAAGAGAGCUGA